AAAGAUUAAUUUGAUGAAUUGGAAAGUAUGGAAACUAUUCUGUUACUAUUGCAAAGAAAGAUUUCUUUUUUAAAAAAAUUUAUUUUUAUUUAUUUUAUUUUAUUUUUUGAGACAGGGUCUGGCUCUGUCACCCAGGCUGGAGUGCAGUGGCGCAAUCUCAGCUCACUGCAACUUCUGCCUCCUGGGUUCAACAAUCCUCCCGCCUCAGCCUCCCAAGUAGCUGGGACGACAGGCACAUACCACCAUACCCAGCUAGUUUUUGUAUUUUUAAUAGAGGUGGGGUUUUGCCAUAUUGGCCAGGCUGGUCUUGAACUCCUGGCCCCAAAUGAUCUGCCCGCCUUGGCCUCCCAAAGUGCUGGGAUUACAGGCAUGUGCCAUCAUAACGGGCCAAUUUUUUUGAAAAUACAGAGACAGGGUCUUGCUAUGUUGGCCAAGUUGGUUUUGCACUCCUGGCCUCAAGCAAUCCUCCUGCCUCAGCCUCCCAAAGAAGGAUUUCUUCAGGGCACUAUGGAAGCGAACAGGAGAUUUGUUCUUGGUGCCCAGUGAACAUCUUCCUCUAAAAGUCAAGUUCACAUCAGAGAGCUGGACAAGGGGAGCUGGGUUGAAAUUUAAUCUUAUAUUGGUUGUUGGGACAUAAUCUUUUUUCUUUUUUAAAAAAUAAUGGAGCUAAUGUCAGAGAAAAUGCUGCUAACAGAGCCUGGGUAGGGUGAAGAGAGGAAUCCUUGAGGAUUUCCCUGAGUGCCAUCCACGUGAAUGGAAGAGUUUGACCAUAAGUCAGUAUACCUAUUAUUUACACACAUAGCCAUAGGUUCCAGUUAUUCUCAGACAGCUUAAGGAAAAUACUUUUCUCCUAGGUGUCACAUCUUUUUUCUUCUUUCUUACCUAUCUCCUAUCAUUGCCCAGAAACCAGUAUUCCAGAAGUAGAGAAAACGUAGAAAAAGAGGAGGAGAAUAGAAAAAGCAGCCAGCAAUCCUUGCUGCAUCCAAGUUCACAAAAAGUAACCUAAAGAGAACUGAUACUCCUGAGAGCAACUGGGUUAAGACCGUGGAGAAUUCUAGUAAUAAAGAUGAUUUUGGAGCAGACCCAAGUUCAUAUGGGGCUUGAAGAGAAACAUUCACAGGAGAUACUACCAGAAGCCUGGGGACACCUGAGGAAAGAACAGGAGUGGACAUUUACUUCCAGUCAUAAAUCCUUGAGUGUUUCCAGGCUAAGGAAAAAGCCUGCCUGCCUGCUUGCCUUCUUCUCUUCCCUCCCUCCCUCCUUUUUUUUUGAGAUGGAGUCUUGCUAUGCCGCCCAGGCUGGAGUGCAGUGGCGUAAUCCAGCUCACUGCAACCUCUGCCUCCUGGGUUCAAGCGAUUCUCCUGCCUCAGCCUCCUGAGUAGCUGAGAUUACAGGCACGCGCCACCACACCUGGCUAAUUUUUGUAUUUUUAGUAGAGACGGGGUUUCACCAUAUUGGCCAGGAUGGUCUCGAUCUCUUGACCUUGUGAUCCACCUGCCUUGGCCUCCCAAAGUGCCGGGAUUAGAGGUGUGAGCCACCGCACCCGGCUUUUUUUUUUUUUUUUUUUUUUUUUUUUGACAAGGUCUCCCUCUGUUGCCCAGGCUGGAGUGCAAUGGCAUGAUCUUGGCUCACCACAACCUCUCCCUCCCGGGUUCAAGCGAUUCUCCUGCUGCAGCCUCCCGAGUAGCUGGAUUACAGGCAUGCACCACCACGCCUGGCUAAUUUUUUUUUUAUUUUUUUAUUUUUAGUGGAGAUGGGGUUUCUCCAUGUUGGUCAGGCUGGUCUCGAACUCCAGCCUCAGGUGAUCCACCUGCCUCGGCCUCCCAAAGUGCUGGGAUGACAGACGUGAGCCACCGUGCCCGGCUUUAUUCUGUCUCUUUAAAAAAUUCCACCCACAUAAGUAUUCAAUCACAAGGGGCUCCCCCUCCCCGCUACAACAGAAUAGAAUGAGAAAUUUGUUUGUUGAUCGGUAUCUUUUUUUUUUAAUACUUUAAGUUCUAGGGUACACGUGCACAACAUGCAGGUUUGUUACAUAUGUAUACAUGUGCCAUGUUGGUGUGCUGCACCCGUUAACUUGUCAUUUACAUUAGGUAUAAUCCCUCCCCUCCCCCCACCCCAUGACAGGCCCCGGUGUGUGAUGUUCCCCAUCCUGUGUCCAAGUGUUCUUGUUGUUCAAUUCCUACCUAUGAGUGAGAACAUGCGGUGUUUGGUUUUCUGUCCUUGCGAUAGUUUGCUCAGAAUGAUGGUUUCCAGCUUCAUUCAUGUCCCUACAAAGGACAUGAACUCAUCAUUUUUUAUGGCUGCAUAGUAUUCCAUGGUGUAUAUGUGCCAUAUUUUCUUAAUCCAGUCUAUCAUUGAUGGACAUUUGGGUUGGUUCCAAGUCUUUGCUAUUGUGAAUAGUGCCGCAACAAACAUACAUGUGCAUGUGUCUUUAUAGCAGCAUGAUUUAUAAUCCUUUGAGUAUAUACCCAGUAAUGGGAUUGCUGGGUCAAAUGGUAUUUCUAGUUCUAGAUCCUUGAGGAAUCGCCACACUGUCUUCCACAAUGGUUGAACUAGUUUACAGUCCCACCAACAGUGUAAAAGUGUUCCUGUUUCUCCACAUCCUCUCCAGCAACUGUUGUUUCCUGAGUUUUUAAUGAUGGCCAUUCUAACUGGUGUGAGAUAGUAUCUCAUUGUGGUUUUGAUUUGCGUUUCUCUGAUGGCCAGUGAUGAUGAGCAUUUUUUCAUGUGUCUGUUGGAUGCAUAAAUGUCUUCUUGUUGACAGGUAUCUUUAAACCCACCUAAAAUCUUAACCCAUAAAAAGCCCUUGGCUGGUUCCUUUCUUACCAUGCCCUAAGAAUGUGACCUCUGAUGGUAAGAUCGGUAACCUGAAGAACUGAACUGAUACUUUGGGCUCGUUUUUUAAUUGAAUUACAAUUUUUAUCAAAUACUUGAUUUUUUUUUUCCUCCCUGGCCAAAUUUAUUUCAGGAAUGUGCUUGUCUGAGACUUCUGAUGGCUGAGGUUUCUUAGGUGCAUCUUGUGACUCGAAUGCAGAAUUUGAUGCAAUCUGGAUAGAUUAGGAAAUACCUUCUCUUAAGGUACUUAUUAGGUCUGGUUGACUUUGUAGAGCUGAUCCAAGAGCAGGCAAAUUGCUUCCAACAGACACAGUCCAGAAAAACAGCUCUGUAGCAGGCAUCUCUUGACACCACAGUAUAUUCUGGGUAGCUGCUCUGCAGUAAUGCAGCCCUGUCGUUCUGGGCAGUGUUGUUAUUCCUGCUGCAUAAUUAGCAACUAGUGAGAUCAUAGUCUGGGGAGAUUCUGGCAUUACUGAGGCAGGGAGGGUUCGUGUCUCAUCACACAUGGCUCCCGCUUUGACAGCAUUUCUGCUGAGCAGAUUCGUGUCCUUCUGGAACUUAAAUCCAAAAAUGGAGGAAAACGAUUUGUACCUAGGAAAUAGACUAUCUCAGACUCCUUGGUUGUAUGAAACCAUGUUGAAAACAACACUGCUUGCCAUACUGAUAUAACCAUAAGCAGUUACUUCUCUUGCUAUUUGUUUUCCCGUUGCUGAUUUAUUUAUAGAGGGCAAAGAUUGUAAAGCUACGAUGUCCUUGCACAGAGGAUGGUGACAGACCAGAUGAGCCCUAUUUUAUGGAGCAGUAUGAGAUUGGGAAAGAUUCUGGGUUUUGAAGCCAUGCAGAUUCUAAUCUUGGGUCCAUUCUUUGGUACCAAAUUUGACCUUUAUAGAAGCCUGGUGAGACACUUUACGCUUGUGAAGAUCUAGGUAAAGGGUUUUCCUGACUGCUAACGUCCUUCAAAAUUGAGUGCCUGGAGCAGUAUUUCCCAAAGUGUAUUCCAAGCAUUAUUCGCACUCUAAAAUACCUUGGAAACAGUGGGUUCCUUAAUCACGUUUGUAGAAACACUGCAUUCUGUGUUCUCUCAGCCUUCACCAUGCUUAUUAGUAUAUUAAAAACCUCUAAGAGGUUCCACUAUAGGCAAUUUUUUUUUUUUUUUUUUUUUUUGAGACGGAGUCUCACUCUGUUGCCCAGGCUGGAGUGCAGUGGCACAAUCUCGGCUCACUGCAAGCUCCGCCUCCCGGGUUCACGCCAUUCUCCUGCCUCAGCCUCUCCGAGUAGCUGGGACUACAGGCGCCCGCCACCGCGCCCGGCUAAUUUUUUGUAUUUUUUAGUAGAGACGGGGUUUCACCGUGGUCUCGAUCUCCUGACCUCGUGAUCCGCCCGCCUCGGCCUCCCAAAGUGCUGGGAUUACAAGCGUGAGCCACCGCGCCCGGCCAAUAGGCAAUUUUUUUAAACCCUUUUGACACAGCAGUCCUAUUUCUAUGUGAAAGCUAUUAAUACCAUAAGACACACACUUUGGGAAAUGCCGGGCUGUAUUAUCACUAGGAAAAAUAAGUGGGUCUAGCCGGGUUCAGUCGUGCGUGCCUUGUAGUCCCAGCUACUCUGGAGGCUGAGGCAGGAGGAUUGCUCAAGCCCAGGUGUUCAAGACCAGCCUGGGCAACAUAGUGAGACCCUGUUUCUAAAACAGAUAAGUAGUUGGGUCUAGUCUUGGUUUAGGCAAAGCCUAAUUCUGCUUUUCUUUUUUUCGUGUUUUUUUUUUUUUUUGCCAACCAAACAAGCAGCAGUGAUAAUUGUGUUUUUGAUCUCAAGUUCUUCUCACUGGUUCCUUGGAGAGCUUUCCUAUAUGAUCAGAAGAGCAGCUACUGUGAUUCCUGGGCUAAUGAAGCCUAGACCCCAGCUGGAUCGGAAGCAAAGGCCUUUCUUCCACUGGGAAGGGUGCUGCUGCUCCCCACCUCAUUAUUCUAAGAGUGAUUGAGAAUGGAGGGGCUGAAGGGAAAUGAAAGUGGGAGAAUGUUGGCCAGAGCUAGUAGAGAAAGAACGUAAUAUUGAGAAAGCAGACAUCAGUGCUAGAAUCCUAAUGUACCUGGCUAGCUGGUGGUGAGUAGGGGCUUCGGGGCCAACUUGGUGGGCUCCCCAAGGAAACCCCUUUGAAACCAAUGGAUGCAUUCACGGGCUCGGGUCUCAAGAGGAAGUUUGAUGAUGUGGAUGUGGGCUCAUCAGUUUCCAACUCCGACGAUGAGAUCUCCAGCAGUGAUAGUGCUGACAGCUGCGACAGCCUCAAUCCUCCUACCACUGCCAGCUUCACACCCACAUCCAUCCUGAAGCGGCAGAAGCAGCUGCGGAGGAAGAAUGUACGCUUUGACCAGGUGACUGUAUACUACUUUGCCCGGCGCCAGGGUUUUACCAGUGUGCCCAGCCAGGGUGGUAGCUCUCUGGGCAUGGCCCAGCGCCAUAACUCUGUACGGAGCUACACACUCUGUGAGUUUGCCCAGGAACAGGAGGUGAACCAUCGAGAGAUUCUGCGUGAGCACCUGAAGGAAGAGAAACUCCACGCCAAGAAAAUGAAGCUGACCAAGAAUGGGACAGUGGAGUCGGUGGAGGCCGAUGGCCUGACGCUGGAUGAUGUGUCAGAUGAAGACAUUGAUGUGGAAAACGUGGAGGUGGAUGAUUACUUCUUCCUGCAGCCUCUGCCCACCAAACGGCGACGGGCCCUGCUGAGGGCUUCUGGGGUCCACCGCAUUGAUGCUGAAGAGAAGCAAGAACUUCGAGCCAUCCGCCUGUCACGGGAAGAAUGUGGUUGUGACUGCCGACUGUAUUGUGACCCAGAAGCGUGUGCCUGCAGCCAGGCUGGGAUUAAAUGCCAGGUGGAUCGCAUGUCCUUUCCAUGUGGCUGCUCCCGGGAUGGCUGUGGGAACAUGGCAGGGCGCAUUGAAUUUAAUCCAAUCCGGGUCCGGACUCAUUACCUCCACACCAUUAUGAAGCUGGAGCUGGAGAGCAAGCGGCAGGUGAGCCGCCCAGCAGCCCCAGAUGAGGAGCCCUCUCCAACUGCCAGUUGCAGCCUGACAGGAGCACAGGGCUCUGAGACCCAGGACUUCCAGGAGUUCAUUGCUGAGAAUGAGACAGCAGUGAUGCACCUGCAGAGUGCAGAGGAACUGGAGCGGCUUAAGGCAGAAGAAGAUUCCAGCGGCUCUAGUGCCAGCCUGGACUCCAGCAUCGAGAGUCUGGGUGUGUGCAUCCUGGAGGAGCCCCUGGCUGUCCCCGAAGAGCUGUGCCCAGGCCUUACAGCCCCCAUUCUCAUCCAGGCUCAGCUGCCCCCAGGCUCCUCUGUCCUGUGUUUUACCGAGAACUCAGACCACCCAACUGCCUCAACGGUGAACAGCCCAUCCUACUUGAACAGCGGGCCCUUGGUCUAUUAUCAAGUGGAGCAGAGGCCAGUCUUGGGAGUGAAAGGAGAGCCUGGUACAGAAGAAGGCUCAGCCUCUUUCCCAAAGGAGAAGGAUCUGAAUGUCUUCUCUCUCCCUGUUACCUCACUCGUGGCUUGUAGCUCCACAGACCCAGCUGCCCUCUGUAAAUCAGAGGUGGGGAAAACACCCACCCUAGAAGCUCUAUUGCCGGAAGAUUGUAACCCUGAGGAGCCUGAAAAUGAAGACUUCCGCCCUUCCUGGUCCCCCUCAAGCCUCCCCUUCCGCACGGACAAUGAAGAGGGCUGUGGGAUGGUGAAGACCUCCCAGCAGAAUGAGGAUCGGCCCCCUGAAGAUUCUUCCUUAGAACUCCCUCUGGCAGUGUGACAGGCACUGGAGGUCCUGCCUGUUACCCAUUCUCUAUUUAUUCCCUUAUUUUAUCUAACACCAUUUCAAAACAAAACUGUAGAAGCAGCUGCUGCUCCCAUGUUAUUUUAUUGGGGUCUUUGGGGAAUGGGUGGGAAAGGAGUGUUUGAGUAUUUUUUAAAAGGGAAACAGUACCAAGGAGACCAGCCCUACCUUGAUCUGGGGAUAGUCUUGGGGCAGAGAAAGCUGCGUAGUGCUGAACAUUGAGCUUUCUGGGCCAUUGGAACAAAGAACUAGGAUCUCACAGGAAAAGCUGGGUGACUCCAGCAGCUAUUCUUUCUGUAGGGACCAGAACACGCGAAUUUGAAGAGCAUGGCAAAGCCCUUUCUCUCCCAAGCCCCAGGCAGAGUACAAGCUCAUUUUUCUCGGUGGUUAUUCUGAUAUCCCAUUUUGGUGUGUCAUAAUACUUCAAACUGGAAAGUCACCUGGUCAAGUCUAGGGAGGAGGGAGUGGAAGGGUCUCUGCUUCUGUACAAAAUCUCCAGGAUUUACAAAAAUGGAACCUGCCUUCCUUCAAUCCCAUAUUUGGUAAAUAAGUUAAUAUUUGACAUGUUUGGUGUUCUCUGACCUGUUCCCCACACUGGGGAUUCCUGGUCUGUGACUUGAAUUGUUUCUUCCACAUGUUCUUAAGUACUAGAGUUAAACUUGUCUAUGUGUCUUUUUUUCUUUCCAUCCUUUCUCCUUUGGAGAAGAGCUGGAUUGGCUGGGGAUGUGGUAUAACGAGCCUGAGCCUUCUGUCCAAGUCUGACGCUAGCACUGUCAGGCAGCUUUCGGCUGGGGCUCACCCAUCCCACAGGAGGCCUACGUGGAGCACUAACUGUGGUCAAAGGAGGCAGUGGGAACAGGCUGCUUGCUAUCUGGAAAGAUGACAUAUUUGUGCUGUGCUUGUUUUUUCACCCAGGUUUUUCCCUCUUUGUGAGAUCUGAGCUUUAGUGGAAUGCAGGACGUGGCAAUCUUAAGGUUACCAACCAGUUUUUGUUUUUUUCCUGGAUCUACCCUCAUGGUCAUUUUCAACAUAGCGGGUUAGAGUUCUUAUACUGUUGCAGUUCAAUUCCAAGAAUUGCAAAUGUUUAUUGGACCCCUCCAUCUUGAUGAUAUAUAAAAAUUGGAAGCCAAGCCAGUUCUUAAAUGCCACAUGCAACUUCCAGAUUCCAAAGGAUUCAAGUUCUAAUUAUAACCUUUGAAGCGUAUAGAAUGGAACUCAUUCAGUUUGAUUCAGUUCUUACCUCUUGUCAGGAGGAAUACAGUUCCUGUUCAUCCUGUGUUCUAAGAUCUCCUCCACUGAACAGCACUGAUUUCCUUUUAUUAGCAAAGUGAUCUUUGUCUCUGUUCUAAAAUGGAGGCAGUAGGGAGCAAAACUAUUCUUCUCAAGCAUCCUUUACACCAUACUUUACUUCUGGUAUGGUUUAUUAACCACACACACACAAAAGUGAAAAACUGUGUUGGGGGAGACACUACUCCUACUUAUCUUGCUCAUAAAGCCUUUUCUGGUGGGAUAUUAAGGCCCUGGUGUCUUACAGAAACCAUCGUGUAUGUCGCAGCAGCAUUUCACCCCUGAAGUCUCUGAACUCUGAGCCUGAAAGGAUUUCUAUUUAAUACAUAUAACAUUUUUUAGUUCAUUCUGCCUUUCCUAUUUGUUCCAGUUUUUGCUUGGUUUUAGUUUGGAGGGGAACUUAAGUACGUAGAUCCUUAUCUCUCCCCAUCCCCUAGCCUCACAAAACAGUUGAGAGUCUUAAGUACCUGAGAUCGCGAAGCUAUCCAGAACUGAACUAGACUCCCCUACCUUAGACUGGUACCCUCAAACACAGGACUGAAGCUUAAUUGGGAAUUUGGCUUUAUGGAGAAAAGAACCUUUUUCAAAGUUUGUGUCGGAAGGGGAGGGUGAGGUUUGCACACUGUCUCUGCAGAAAGGCUCCAGCUUAAUCUAGGAAGUAGAUUCCAGCUGCAUGAUGAGGAACACAUUAGCUUUUGGGAUCAAACCAGGAAUAUGAAUCUGUAAUUAUUAAGCUCAUUGCCAACCCACAAGAUAUUUGAUGUUUCUGAAAACCUGUAGUUUCUUAAUUUAAGUCCAUCCCCUUCAUUAACUCUACAGUUGUGACUCACACUGACCCCAAACUUUUGAGUGCUAAAUAUUAACAUUUAGCAUUAACUGUCUUGUCAAGCAAAAGGCCUUCUCUACAACCUAGUCCAUCUCACUUCUGGUGCUACCUGAGUUGGACAGAAUUCUAGCUCAUGGUUGCUAGGAAAGCUAGGCCUCUGAUCAUAGAAGCAGAUAGCUUCAGUCCCAGUCUAGGCCUAGAUAAAUGACUCUUAUUACCACAACCCUUAUUAUUUUCCAAUUUCCUUUCUCACAUACUGUACACAGGUAGUAUUUUCAAUGUGAACCCAAAGCUUGUCUGGUUCUCUGAAAAUAAUUUUUUCCCCUUUAGGUUCUUUACAUUGUGAUAAUGCUGUAUUUAAAGAGAAUAUUUAAAUGUAAUAUUAAAGAAAUAUUCAAAAGAA